AUGCAGGCUCUGAAGAAUGUCGCCAUCCGUUUACUCAACAUCUACGUUGGACCGUAUGUUGAGAACUUGGAUACAAAUGCGUUGAACGGAUCCUUAUGGUCAGGUCAAGUCAACCUGAAGAAUUUGCAUCUGAAGAAAUCGCUCUUGGAACGUUUUGGUCUUCCUGUAGAGAUCGUAGCCGGAGAUAUCGGAUCCUUGUCGCUAUCUAUACCUUGGAAUGCUCUGAAGAGUCAGCCGGUGAAGGUGGUCAUAGAUGACGUGUAUAUCCUAGCGAGAGCGAGACCGGAAGGGAAAGUGGACCCAGAAGAAGACGAAAGAGUGGAACAAGCUACAAAGCAGGACAAGCUAAAAUCAGCUGAGGCAGUAGAUAAUGCUGCUAGUCAGGUUGGACAUCAGGAAGGGAAUGAUGAAACGAAACAAACAUAUAUCGGUGCAAUCGUUUCAAAGAUAGUGGACAACGUGCAAAUACAGGUCAAAAGCAUCCAUGUCAGAUAUGAGGAUGGAACAAGUACUCCCGAGCACCCAUUUGCUGCUGGUAUCACCCUUGACGAGUUCAAAGCUGUUUCUACUGAUGAAAACUGGGUAGAAGCCUUUAUCCAGAACAGCUUGAAUGGUGUACACAAACUCGUCAAACUUGGGGCAUUGGCAGUAUACUUCGAUACUGACACAGGAAGUUUAGAUAAAGGGUUGGAUGAUAGGCAGGGAACAAUCGAUGCUCUCAAGGCUAUGCUCGACGGAUCACCAAAUCAUCAAUACAUCCUCAAGCCUGUUACUGGAGAAGCAAGAGCGAUUAUCAAUAAAACCAUGUCAAACGAAAUGCCUAAAGUAGAUGCCCAAGUCAUGUUUGACGAGAUUGGUGUUGUCAUCGACAGAGAUCAAUAUAGAGAUGCGCUUUCAGUGAUUGACGUCUUCCACUUUUAUCGUCGAACACACCAAUAUCACAAGUUCCGACCACCUGAAGAUGAAUUCAAGGACAAUCCCGCCAAAGCCAGGUUGAAGUUUGCUCUCAAUGCCAUCAAAUCAGAAGUACACGAGAAGAACAGAAGGUGGUCUUGGGAUUAUUUGAGAGAGAGAAGAGAUAUACGGAAGAGAUAUGUAGAUCUGUAUGUGGAUAAGCUGGCUCUGACUGAGGGAAAGCAGUUACCGGUUGAAGAUGGUACGGCUCUUGCUGAGAUCGAGACAAAAUCCUCUUAUGAAGAUAUCCGUUUCUUCCGAUCAGUCGCGCGAGCUAAGGCGAAGAAAGAUGCGGCUACGAGAAGAAAGCUUGAGGUAGAGAAGUUAAAGAAUCAGCCGCAAAAGCAGACCUGGUCCCAAUGGGUGUGGGGUUCAUCUGCCAAAUCAGACGGAGCUGAGAAUGAAAUGUCGGAAGAAGAGAAGAAGGAAAUCGACGAUAUUAUCGACUAUGAUGCGACUGCCGCUGCCGAAAGCGUUGGCAGUACUCCUCGAGAUUACAUGAAAGCCCGAUUGUCCGCCAAGCUCAACAAGGGAUCUUUCUCUCUUCGAACGGAACCUCACGGAAAAAAUAACGAUAUCAUCGCUCUUGUCUUUGAUUCCUUUUCCGCAGAUGCGAUUCAACUCACAGAUUCUAUGAAAGGCAAGAUAGCCCUUGGUGGAUUCAGGGUCUACGAUGGUACGACGGCUGAUUCACUAUAUCCUCAAAUUGUACGAGUGAAGGACAUUGAAGAGAACCAGACGGGAAAGACAAGCCAAGAGAGUCUGGAAGUCGCAGGCGGAGUGGAUGGAGCGGUCGCCGACAUUGAUGCGGGUCUGUCGCAAGACGCAGACCCUUUCUUUGUCAUGGAAGUAGAACAGAAUCCGCUGGAUGGUCGUGCGGACAACGCGGUCACCAUCAAAAUGCGUCAUUUGGAAAUUAUUUAUCAUAAAGGAUAUGUAGAGGCGGUUGUUCAGUUUUUCAAACCACCAGAAAGUCAGCUAGAAUCAAUUGGAGCUCUUUUGGAUGCGGCAGGACAGACAUUAGACGGCAUCAGGAAAGAGACUCGAGCGGGUUUGGAAUAUGCACUUGAACAACACAAAACGGUUGAUAUCCAACUGGACAUGAAUGCUCCUAUCAUAAUUAUACCCAUGGAUGUGAAAGUCAAGAAAUGUCAAACAUUGGUGCUGGAUGCUGGUCACAUUUCGGUUGUAAGCAAACUUGCUGACAAGGAUAAAUUGAAGGAAGUGCAAAGCAAGCGAGGCAGGCAGUACAGUGAUGACGAUUACAAGCAACUCGAAGACUUGAUGUAUGACCAAUUUGAUCUACAUCUCGAAUCGGCUCAGCUUUUGAUGGGCCCUGACGUGGAUGCUUGUAUGGGUGCUCUUGAGGAUCAUGAGACUGGUCCCGCUGAACUCCAUGUUCUCGAGCGCAUCAACAUGUCAUUUGCCGUACAAAACGCCAUUGUCAAUGCUCCCACAUUGACCCGGUUCAAAAUAGCUGGACACUUACCGGAUCUGCACGUGAAUUUUUCUGAUCGGAAAUACAAAACAUUGAUGAGAUUUAUCGAUGUUGCUAUUCCCAAGUUUGGCGAAGAUUCCCCCGCUCAAGAUCCCGCACCCAAAAUCACUCACACCGAUUCACGUGCUGUUUUCCGUCAAGCUCAGAUAGAGGAAUACAACUUCGACGAUUCUCGAUCGAUAAUAUCCAAUCAUACUGCUGCAGAAAGGGAUGACAGCAGUUCUGUUGGAGGGAAAGCAGAACAGUUCUACGAGGCACGAGAUGACCAGACUGACAGCCAAAAGAACGCUAUGCGUCAGAUCACUUUCGAGUUCACCUUCUCCGUUGGUAAACUUCAGGCAUCUCUUUACAAGUCAAGUUCGGCAACGUCAGAAAAGGCAUUCGCUGAUGCGGUACUGGAAGAUUUCGGGUUAACGUUUGCUCUCAGAAAGUACGAUAUGUCUGUGGACCUUUUCUUACGGUCUGUUGCUUUUGCGAUGGUGGAACAAGGAGGCAUUACAAAACGACCAAUUCUUUCCUCCGCUAAUGAUGGCAGUGGCUCCCCUUCGGAUCUCAAGCUUCUCCAAGUCAAAUACCUCAAGGUUCAGAAGGAAUCGCCAGAAUUUAUGACAAAACAUGAAGGAGUUGACACUAGCAUCGACACGGAACUUUCGACCUUCAAAGUUACUCUCGCUCCCGAGCCCAUCUUGUCAUUGUAUGACUUCAUCAUGACUACCUUUGUACCACAAGAAGACCAGCAAGCCCAAUCUCACACCGAGGGUGAAGAAUCGGGUCAAUCGACGAAGCCAACAGAAGAGGAGCAGUCGACUGACAAGUUGCGAAUCAGAGUAAAGCUCACUAGUGCGCAAGUCUCACUCGAGAAUAACGGCAACCGAUUUGCUCUGCUUGGCCUUCCAUCCGCGGACGUGGCUCUCUUACUUAGAGCAGGGACCUUAAGGAUCGGCGCAAGGCUCGGUAACAUCACCCUUGAGGAUCUUUCAGACAUCUCUGUGGCGGAUCCUUCAUUCAAAAAGCUGCUAUCAAUAGAAGGAGAGGAGUUAGCGGACUUUAGCUAUGAGACGUUCGAUCCCAACGACAAGGAGACUUUCCCGGGGUACAACUCGUCUGUGCAUCUUCGAACAGGCUCGCUGAAAUUCACGUUCAUGGAAGGACCUGUCCGAGAUCUUUACGCCUGGGCAUUGAAAUUCGCACGCAUGAAAGCGAUAUACGAUACUGCUCAACAAGCAGCCGUGCAGCGAGCAUCCGAAGUCACCAGGAUGCAUUUCGAUGUAGUUAUCAAAACUCCUAUCAUCAUCCUACCGCGCGAUGGUCUCGUAUCUACCGAUGCGCUCAUCCUUCGUCUUGGUGAAGUCGUUGCGAAGAACGAAUAUCUCAAUGAUCCAGACGAUACUGCUACCAUCGAUGCCAGUCUUCGAGGUAUCAGUAUGGCUUCUGAGAUCACAGUUGGAGACAGGAAGGGUACUCUACAAAUGGUUGAAGACGUCGCCAUCACAGCGGAGAUCAAGCAGGCUGGAGGCUCUAGUCACCGAUCAGAUCCUCAUCACGCGGAUACGGAGAUAUCUACCGUGAUGUCGGACGUUAAAAUGUCCCUCACCCAGCGUCAAUAUGUCUUGCUUCUGGCCAUCCUUGAGUCCCUUCCUCGCGCUCUCAAUGACAUCGGUGAUGCAGAUUUCUCUCCUGACUCGAUUCCCGCCACACCGGCUACGAUCUCUCGAGUGGAAAGUCCGAUAACAGAGACCCCACCUGAUGAGCCCAGCGUCAACCUUGAGCCUGAGCUAGCAGUGGUUAAAUCUGACCAUCACGGUGACGUGCAGCUUUGGACGGCUUUGGAUGUUCAUUUCUCUGUCGGAUCUAUCGCGCUGGAAGUCUACACCAAUGACGCAAUCGUACAAGAUGAUUUGAAGGAUAAUAGUAUUGCUCGGUUUGCUUUGGUCAAGACUCAGCUCGGUGUUAAAAAGCUAUCGGAUGGAGCUAUGGAAGCCGAAUUUUCACUGAAAACACUCUCUUUCUCUAGUACAAGGACUGGAAACAGCAUGUUCAGAGACAUUAUCCCCCCUGCAAGUCAUGAAGGUAAUCAGAUAAUGCUCCAAUACACCAUGGCUGGCGGGUCAGACCAAUCAUCACUGGCUAUACUGACGAUCGAUAGCCCACGCUUCAUCUUAGCCGUUGAUCCUUUGGCUGCUUUGCUGGAGUUCGCUGUAGCACCCUUCAAUAAGCCAGCUUCUGCCGAAGCUCAGAAAGUUGAAGAAGAACGACUCGAAGAAAUCGAAGAAGCUCCCAAAAAAGAAGGCGGAUUGUCGUUCCGAGUCGAGAUUAUCGAUGCCACUGUCAUUGUCAUUGCCGACGAUACUAAUCCGAAGACUCAAGCUAUCCAGUUGUCUAUCAAGGAAGUCUUACUUUCCCAACAAAGCAUCCUUGCCUUGAAGAUCGAGAGAAUUGGAAUGUCCUUUGGACGCAUGGAUAGGCCUAACGAUAGGGUGAAAUUCUUGGACGAUCUCAACGUCUCGUUAUCGCUUGAUACGCGACGCAGGGGUGCUCAGCAGAUGACGAGCUUCGAGGUCGAUAUACCGGAUGCUAUAAUAUUCAGAGCGUCUUAUACGGACAUGAUGUUGAUCGUGGAUAUCGUCAACAAAGCAACCGCUGUUGCCACCAAGGCUCUUGCACCAGAAGGUCAACAAGAAGGAACACUGCCUGAAACUAGACGGGACAGCUUAACUGUGGACACUGCAACUGAGACCACUUCUAUGGCAGUCAUUCCCUCUAAGCAUUCCAGGAAAGCCUCUGUUGGACGAAGAUCUUCGACGAGUCGACGACGAUCAUCCGUAGAAAAAGCUCAUGUGCUAGUAUCCAAAGAACAGCUCAAGGCACGGAUCAAUGGGUUCCAAUUCGUUUUGAUUGGAGACUUACAAGAAAUGCCUAUGGUGCAUCUUUCUUCAAAUGAAUUCCAGGUAAUGAUCAAUGAUUGGUCCGGAGACAUGAAAAUGGCUACAUCCAUCACAACCUCCAUUCGAUACUUCAACUUGACCAACUCGUACUUUGAGCCAUUAAUGGACCCUUGGAAGUUCGACUUACGCGUCAAUCGACUAUCGGCUGGUCCAGGACACAGUCCGCUCAACAUUCGGCUAUCGGCUAGCGAGCGGCUAGAGGUGAAUCUCAGCUCAGCUUUCAUCGAAUUGGCCAUUACAGCCAUGACGGUCUGGAGCCGAGAGCAAGAGAGAGCGAAAGAAGGUCGGGGUUCGGAUGCUCCUUUCAGAGUCAGGAACCGUACAGGAUUAACUGUCCUACUCUGGCCUGAACAGGCUGAUCUCAGUAAACAAGUUACUGGAGUCAAGCGUCUCGAUGAUGGAGCAGAUGUACCUUGGCGAUUCGAAGACAGGAGACAAACUCGAGAUAAUGUGUCCGCUGUCCGUCAUAAUACUCUUGGAAUCCAACUGCAAGAUACCCCAUGGGAAGCCUUACGAGGUAUCUCAGUGGAUCGUGAAGGUGACCACAUCCUCACGCUUCGACCACGAUUGGACAGGGUAUCGCACCAGAUCACUUGCGAGAUCAAGCUUGAAAACAACAUCAAAGUCAUCACUUUCCGGUCAACGCUGAAUGUCGAGAAUCAAACCAGCUUGCCGAUCGAGAUGAUCGUGGUAGAUUCUCACGGCAAAGCUUCGUCGGGAGCGAUGAAGAUCUCUCCAGGAGAAUCAUGCCCUCUUCCCCUCGAAGCAGCCUUCGAGAAAAGAUUUAGGCUAAGACCACUGAAGGGAUUCGGUUUCGACUACAGCUGGUCAAUGCCCCUUCACUGGAAACAGCUUGUCACUAAGCCCAUCCGACCCAUCAGCUGCAAACAUCAAACUCCAAAAGAACCGGCCUUCUACUUCCAAGCUCAGGCAAACUUUAAUGCAAAGGAUCCAGCCGCCAAGAUAUAUCCACGAAUGAGUCUCACUUUGCGAGCACCUGUGGAACUGGAAAAUCUCCUGCCAUACGACAUGAAGUUCCGAAUACAUGAUAAGAACACAGGACUCAGCUCGAGCAACUUCCUCGUAAAAGGCGGAUCCAGCCCGAUUCAUACAGUCGAAUUGGGACAUCUCCUCCUGCUCAGUGUAGCGCCGGAGGAUACCAACUUGAAGCAAAGCGAUUACGCCAUCAUCAACACGGAUGAUGUGGAGUUACCAAUUGAAGACCACUUCCAGCUUGCUGAUGAACAAGGCUUGAAGCUAAUGUUGAAGCUUCAUUACUUUACUUAUCCCAACUCUGGCGGAGCCUUUAAGGUACAGGUGUACAGUCCAUUCAUUUUCAUGAAUAAAACGGGUUUGCCGUUCGACCUUGCAGCUCGAUCAUGGACGGGUGGCCAAAAACCAAUAGCUGGGCGCGAUCUUUUCGCUAACGAUUAUCAUCGGGAAGUUCCUACUCCAUUCAUGUUCGGCUUCCCAAAUGAGGACCGUCGAAAUAGAUUACAAUUGAGGGUAGAUGAUAGCAAGUGGUCACAACCCAUCUCCUUCGAGCCGGUAUCUGCCGAUAUGCAGAUUGUCAUGACUAGCGCUUCUGGAGAGAGUGAAAACUAUGUUGGACUGUCGUAUGUUGAGGGCAUAGGAAAAUAUAAAUUGACCAAAAUAAUUACAAUCGCUCCACGAUUCAUGGUCAAGAACACCUUUACUUAUCCCCUUAAAAUUAGGCAACACAGUACUCAGAAUGUUAUUGAGAUCGGACCCGGUCAACGUGUGCCAAUUCAUGAGUUGCAACACCAAGCCCCAUCUCAACUCAGUAUGGCCUUUGACGAACCCAAUCUGAAAUGGUCUGCCCCAUUCAAUAUGGCCGAUAUCGGUCGAACGAACAUCACAUUAAAGAGACAAACCACACGCGGCUCAAAAACAUAUCUCCUCCGCGUUGAUACACAUCUCGAAGGCUCUAGUGUAUUCAUCUACGUCUCGCGAGAUACAGAUCACUGGCCACUACGAUUGAGGAAUGAUACUGGAGUGCCACUCAAGUUCCAACAGUUUGACGAUGACGGAACAAGAGAUAGUCGACCCAUACGCAAUCUUCCACCUAAAGCGGAACAAGAUUACGCUUGGGACUGGCCGACUGCUAGCAAUAAGCGAAUCAGAUUGCUGGUCGACGAUGGACCAAAUAACGAACCUAUACCCUUAGCUAACACGGUUGACAUGAUGGCUAUCGGUAUUCAACCACCCAUCAAAGUACCCCGGACGGCCAGCGUCCCAAGGUCAAGUGCCUUAUCGAUAGAUGUUCAAGCUGACGGCGGCUCACAACUCCUCAUCCUUUCGCCAUACAACGAGGAGACAAGUGUAUAUAAACCUACCAAACGCGCUCCUGGAGGAAUGAGGCGUACAGAUAGUACCGAUACUCUCUCUUCUGCCACAGCGUCUUAUGAAACUGUAUCAGUAAGCGAGAAAGCUUCGUUGAACGUAUCGGUCGAGCUUGAAGGUAUCGGUAUAUCAGUCAUUACCAAACGACCAGACGAAUUGCUCUACGUCUCGGUACGAGGACUCAAACUGGGUUACUCGGACUAUCCGCAAUACUAUGAUGCUUUUAUCGAUUGCAAGUGGAUUCAAAUUGAUAACCAACUGUUUGGAGGUUUGUUCCCUAUCAUUCUAUAUCCUACUGUAGUCCCGAAAGAUGGUAAAGAAUUAGAAUCUCACCCUACUCUUCAAGCAUCGGUCGCUGUACUCAAAGAUCAAUCCCAUGGCGUUGUUUUCAUAAAAUACGCAACAAUUCUGCUACAGUCGAUGACCGUGGAGCUAGACGAGGAUUUCAUGUUUGCUUUACUUGACUUUGUCAAAUUCAAAGAUGCUGCUUGGAAGGAGGAUACCCACGACAUCCUCAUCGAGCACCCCAAGGAUAUUCCCGAACCCGAUAUCGCUUCUGCUCAAGCCGAUGUCUUUUUUGAAGCGCUGCAACUACAGCCUGUCUCUCUGGAGUUAUCGUUCAUGAGGACUGACAGAGUCAAUGUGGAUGAAAAGGUCUCGACACGAAAUCCCUUCUACUACGCACUCAACGCUCUUACCAUGACACUCGGUAACGUCAAUGCUGCACCGUUGAAUUUCCGAGCGCUGUUCUUGGAAAAUGUUCGACUCAGUAUUCCAUCUUUACAAGAACGUGUUCAAUUGCAUUAUCAAGAACAGUUCAUCUCUCAAAUCUACCGAGUACUUGGAUCUGCGGAUUUCCUUGGUAAUCCCGUUGGAUUGUUCAAUAACAUCAGUUCCGGAUUCUCUGAUAUCUUCUACGAACCAUAUCAAGGUAUCGUCAUGCACGGUAAUAAAGACAUUGGCCUCGGUAUAGCUCGAGGCGCUACGAGUUUCGCGAAGAAGACCGUUUUUGGUAUUUCAGAUAGUAUGACCAAGUUCACUGGCAGUAUUGGAAAAGGUCUUUCUGCCGCUACGUUAGACUCUGACUUCCAGAAUAAACGACGAAUGACGCGAAGAAGAAAUAAGCCCAAACAUGCUUUGUAUGGUGUGGCUGCCGGAGCAAGUGCUUUCGCCGAUAGUGUGACCAGUGCUUUUGAAGGUGUUGCAUCAAAACCCAUUGAAGGUGCAGAAAAGGAAGGAGCGCUUGGUUUCACCAAAGGCAUUGGAAAAGGUGUUGUCGGCUUGUUCACAAAACCCGUUGUCGGUGUGAUGGAUUUCGUGUCUUCAUCUACUGAAGGUAUAAGGAACACUACGACUGUAUUUGAUCAAUCGGAUCUGGACAGAGUACGAUUACCUAGAUUCAUCUCUGCAGAUGGUGUGUUAAGGCCAUUCUCUGCCCGAGAGGCAUUGGGCCAGUCAUGGCUUAAAGAUCUUGAUGCUGGAGCAUUCUUCAACGAUUCUUAUGUCGCUCACAUCGAUCUUCCAGGAGAUGAUGCAGUAUCAAUCUUAUCAAAUAAUCGGAUUGUACAAGUCCAGCUUCGAAGACUCAAAGUGAUCUGGCAAGUACCAUUUGAAGAGUUAGCUAGUUUAUCUUUGGAGGCGAAUGGAAUCAAUUUGGUUAAUAGAGAUGGAAGAGGUGGUCCAUUCCUACCUGUCUCAGAACAAACGGCAAGAGAAUGGUAUUUCAAACAGAUUGGAAGGGUCGUGGUAGCUUACAACAAAUCACAUAGUCAAAGAGAUGAUUGA